AUGGCUUCACCCUCUCGCUCAGCCUCGCCUCCGCGCUCACUGAGCUCGAGCUCCAGCAGCCUGCCCUCGCGCCACGCCACGCCGCCCGCGGCGGUCCUCUCGCCCGCCGAGCAGGAGAAAGAGGCGCUGGUUUGCGCCGCCAUUGAGAAGGGCGAUGUCACCGCCCUCGCCCAACUAGCAACGACCAAGUAUGGCCUCGUCAGCGAUAGCCUGCGACGCGCUGCUUGGCCCCUCUUGCUGGGAUGCUCGCAGAAAGACGCGCCACAGGAACCCCAGGCAGGCCUUCCCGAGCACAAGGAUGAACACCAAGUCGCCCUCGACGUCAAUCGGGCCUUUGUCUUCUACCCCAGGGACGAACCAGAGAAGCUGCUCAAUCAGCGGAAACGCGACCUCUCGCACGUCAUCCUCGACGUCCUGCGCCGCCACCCCUCGCUAUGCUACUUCCAGGGCUACCACGACAUUGUCCAGGUCUUUCUCCUCGUCCUCGGCCCCGACGAUGCCCCCGCUGCCGUCGCCCGGCUGAGCCUCCUCCGCAUCCGCGAUUUCAUGCUGUCGUCGCUCGAGCCUGCCAUUGCCCAGCUAGAACUUCUCCGCCCCAUACUGCGCGCUGCCGACCCGCUUCUAUACGACCAUCUCCCCAAGAGCCAGCCCUCGUUUGCGCUGGCCGACACCAUUACCAUGUUCGCCCACCACAUCCAGGACUACAAGAACAUCACACGGCUGUUUGACUUUUUCCUCGCCCGACACGCCAUAAUGCCCAUCUAUCUGUUCGCCGCAGUCGUACUCUCCAAGCGGGACGAGCUCCUGGAAAUCGACAAGGAAGACGAAGACAUUCUCUACGUGGUGCUGAGUAAACUCCCCCAGCCAUUCGACCUCGAAUUCCACAUUGCCCGCACCGUAGAACUGUACGAGAAACUGCCGCCCGCCUCGCUCCACAGCUGGGAGUGGUGGCACAUUUCUUCGCACAGCGUGCUCAAAUCCUCGCCUACAAGCGACAGCCUCCGCCGCCUCACCCUCGCCGACGGAGAACGCCUCCUCGCACACCACGAAAGCGAACUCCGCCGCCAACAAGCCUUGCAGCGCGCAGCCAAGCACCUCGAACACAUCAAGCUGCGCCUCUGGUUCUACCGCCGCUACGGCGCCGUCAGUCUCGCCCUCCUCGUCGGCGUCUACGCCGUCUGGCUCGGCCGCAGCGGAGACGUGAGUUCGCGCUAUUUGCUCCUCGGUCCCUUGAGCCACUUGAUGACAAAGUAUCUGGGUUCCUAGGCAAUAGUGCCAUGCCCCGUAUACAAUAAGACCAGGGGGAUAAGACAAAGGUGAAUUCGAGCAUUAUCAGCCGCCAACAGCUUAUAGCUUUAGUUUACUCAUCAGUCGUGGCAUGCAUUGCAUGCAUUCUUGUGUCCUGUUAUUUCUUUUUUUUCUCUUUGUUGCUGUUUUUCAAGGUCGCGGUUAGCACCACCACCACCACCACCACCACUACCACUACCAUCAUC